CAUUGCUGCCUCUCCGCGCGCCUCUGUUGCUCUCCAGCUUCUCUGCGAGCCUCUGCAUUGCGUGCGUGCCGGCUGUGCGCUAGCUGCGAGGCCCCUGGAUCCCGCCCACCUCGCCCGCGACCCCUACCUGCGACGACGCCCCCUUCCACUGCACCUCACGCCCCCAGAGCAUGGCCGAUAUGAGUGCCGAAUCCAUCCAGCAGAAGAUCCAGAUCGCCCGCCGCGAUGCCGAGGCGCUCAAGGACAGAAUAAAACGGAAGAAGGACGAGCUUGCUGACACCACCCUCCGUGAUGUUGCCAAGCAGCGCGUCGAGGCUCUGCCGCGUCUCUCGAUGAAGACCAAGCGCACCCUCAAGGGCCAUCUGGCCAAGAUCUACGCCAUGCACUGGUCGACGGACCGCCGACAUCUCGUGUCCGCCUCGCAGGACGGCAAGCUCAUCAUCUGGGACGCCUACACCACAAACAAGGUCCACGCCAUCCCCCUGAGGUCAUCGUGGGUCAUGACCUGCGCCUACUCGCCCUCUGGGAACUACGUCGCAUGCGGAGGGUUGGACAACAUCUGCUCCAUCUACAACCUGUCGGCCCGGGAAGGCCCCACCCGCGUUGCCCGAGAGCUGUCCGGCCACUCGGGAUACCUGUCCUGCUGCCGAUUUAUCAGCGACAAGCGCAUCCUCACAUCCUCUGGCGACAUGACCUGCGUGCUUUGGGAUCUGGAGACUGGCUCCAAGGUGCACGAGUUUGCCGAUCACUUGGGCGAUGUUAUGAGCUUGAGCAUAAACCCGCUCGACCACAACCAGUUCGUCUCUGGUGCUUGCGAUGCUUUCGCCAAGCUGUGGGACAUUCGCCAGCAGAAGUGCGUCCAGACUUUUGCCGCCCACGACUCCGAUAUUAACGCCAUUCAAUUCUUCCCCAACGGCAACGCUUUCGGUACCGGCUCUGACGACGCUUCGUGCCGUCUGUUUGAUAUCCGUGCAGACCGCGAACUGCAGGCCUACACUAUCCCCGAGCCUGUCUGCGGUAUCACAUCGGUCGCGUUCUCCGUGUCCGGUCGCUUGCUGUUCGCUGGUUACGAUGAUUUCGAGUGCAAGGUGUGGGACGUUCUCCGCGGCGAGCGAGUAGGCACACUACAAGGUCACGACAACCGAGUCAGCUGUCUCGGCGUGAGCAACGAUGCCCUGAGUCUUUGCACUGGUUCAUGGGAUUCGAUGCUCCGCAUCUGGGCAUAAUCGACCCAUCCCGGCAUACCAUGCAACAUAUGAACAAUGUGCGACGAUGCAAGUCUGAACGAAGAGUGCCCUGACUUUGCUUUAAUUACUGGCGAACGACAAAACCUUACAUGCUUUCACACCAUACCCCUUCCUACCUCGACCUUUCUUCGGCGCCUAUAAGCGUCGAAUCCCGCUCGACAUAAUAACCACCCUACCGCAAUCGUGUUAUCUGAAGGAUACGAGGUGCUUGGAAUUUUUUUUGUUGUCAUUUCUCCCUCAUACC